AUGUUGCUACUUAGAUCAAUUUUGUUAACAUUGGUCUUUUUAUUUAAUUAUGCUUUGUCCAAAGACAUCACAGUUGAUACUGUGGAUAGGGGCUCUAUCAGUUUAAGCGUUGGUGAUAUAAAUAUUCACACAGGCGCUUCAUGGUCCAUUAUCAAUAAUGCUGUAUCUGCUCUUGCUGGCUCACUUAAUGUGGAAUCCGAUGCUGGGUUUUACAUUACUCUGACAUCCCCAUUAAUUGGUCUUGAUGUUACUUUGCUUUCAACAUUAGGGUCAAUUGUGAAUGAUGGUAUCAUUGCUUUUAAUUCUGUCAAAUCAUUAACAUCCUCUACCUAUAACUUGGUGGGUGCAAAAUUUGAAAACAAUGGUGAAAUGUAUCUUGGGGCUUCUGGGGUCUUAUCUGGCACCAUGUCUAUCACCUCCCUCCUGUGGAAAAAUUCUGGUUUACUAGUAUUCUAUCAGAACCAAAGAAAUUCUGGUGAUGUGAGAUUGGGCACACCCUUGGGUUCAAUCACAAAUGAUGGUCAGAUUUGUUUGAUCAAUCAGGUGUAUCGACAAACAAAUGACAUUAAAGGAAGUGGGUGUAUUACAGCUCAGGAGGACUCAACAAUAUAUAUUCCCAGCGCUAUUCAAUCAUUUGAUACCCAACAAAGCAUUUACUUAAAAGACAGUGAAUCAUCAAUCAUUGUUCAAGCUCUUUCCACGGCCCAAACAUUCAACGUUUAUGGAUUUGGAAACGGUAACAAAAUCGGUUUAACAGUGCCACUAGUUGGAAACCUUAUUCCAAGCUAUCCAGCGUACAAGUACGAUGAAUCUACGGGUAUUUUGACUUUGAGAAACCUUUUAUUAAAACAAAACUUCAAUAUUGGUUUGGGUUAUAGUUCUUCUUUGUUUCAAAUUGUCACUGAUUCAGGCAUUGGAUUGCCCUCAACAUUGCUCGGUAGUGUUCAAUACAACGGGCCAGUUCCAGAAAGAAGUAUUUCAGCUACAUGUCAAAUUGAAUGUAAAGAACUUCCAGAAGCUCCAGGUGUCGAACCAACAGAGUAUUUAACUACAUUGACUUCAACAUUAUCUGAUGGUUCAGUUACUACUGAAAGUGGUAUCGUUGAUGUAACUACUGAUUCGCUGGGUUCAUGGUACACAACAACUUCUUUGUUCCCACCUUUGUCUUCUUCAAGUUCCGAAGUCGUGUCUUCAAGUUCAGAAAUUGUUUCUUCCACUGAGCGCGAAUCUUCUUUGCAAUCUUUCCUGGAAUAUUUUAAUUCGCUGUCACUGUACGCGUUUGAAAGCACUUCUUCCAUCCUUGAAUCCAGCUCCCAUCCAAGUUCUGAAGUUUCAUCCACUCAAGAUGACGCCAGUGAAUCCAAUUUUAGUACAUCCAGUUUAAUUUCCGAAUCAAAUGUUUUAGAAAGCUCUGACGCUUCAGCCACUUCAGAUGUCUCAUCUGCUUCUGAUAUUUCAUCUGCUUCCGAUGCUAGUGACUCUGAUCCCUCAUCUACUUCUGAUGUCUCAUCUGCUUCUGAUAUUUCAUCUGCUUCUGAUAUCUCAUCUACUUCUGAAAUUGCAUCUAGUUCUAAUACUUCAUCUGCUUCUGCUACAUCUGGUGCUUCUGAUGCUAGUGAAUCCAAUGCAUCUGCCACUUCUGGUGCUUCAUCUGCUUCUGAUGCUAGUGAAUCCAAUGCAUCUGCCACUUCUGGUGCUUCAUCUGCUUCUGAUGCUAGUGAAUCCAAUGCAUCUGCCACUUCUGGUGCUUCAUCUGCUUCUGAUGCUAGUGAAUCCAAUGCAUCUGCCACUUCUGGUGUUUCAUCUGCUUCUGAUGCUAGUGAAUCCAAUGCAUCUGCCACUUCUGGUGCUUCAUCUGCUUCUGAUGCUAGUGAAUCCAAUGCAUCUGCCACUUCUGGUGCUUCAUCUGCUUCUGAUGCUAGUGAAUCCAGUGCAUCUGCCACUUCUGGUGUUUCAUCUGCUUCUGAUGCUAGUGAAUCCAAUGCAUCUGCCACUUCUGGUGCUUCAUCUGCUUCUGAUGCUAUUGAAUCCAAUGCAUCUGCUACCUCUGGUGCUUCAUCUGCUUCUGAUGCUAGUGAAUCCAAUGCAUCUGCCACUUCUGGUGUUUCAUCUGCUUCUGAUGCUAGUGAAUCCAAUGCAUCUGCCACUUCUGGUGCCUCAUCUGCUUCUGAUGCUAGUGAAUCCGAUGCUUCUGCCACUUCUGGUGUUCAUCUGCUUCUGAUGCUAAUGAAUCCAAUGCAUCUGCCACUUCAGGUGUUUCUUCUGCUUCUGACUCUAGUGAAUCCAAUGCAUCUGCCACUUCUGGUGAUUCCUAAGCUUCUGACGAUAGUGAAUCCCAUGCUUCCGCCAACUCAGCUGCUUCAGAUACGUAUGAAGCUACUGAAUCCAAAGUUUCUGCCACUUCAGGAGCUGGGGAUGCUACUGAUGCAGACGAAUCUGGGACUUCGUCAUAUUCAAGUGCGUGGAAUGUCUAUGAUGCAG